AGAUCAGAGAGACAGAAGGCAGUUUGCAGUGGACGGGACAAUUUCACAUUCUUCAUCUCAACUUUGCCCGUCGCAGUCAUCUGCACAUUGCUGCGUGUCACUGGCACACACUUUCUCUUCUUUCUUUCCUUGCUUUUGCUCUGAUUCAGCUUGACUGUCCUUCUUCUUGUUUAAACACUUAAUUUAUUUUACUAUCUUUUUUAAUUCUUUCUGUUGCUUUAUCUAAUGCAAUUUGGUGGUACCAGAUGGAGUCAAAGCAUCAUGGACUUCAACCUCUAAGACCCACAAGUCCAGCUAUGCCUUUCAUAGGUUGGCCCAACACAAAUGUAUGUGGAGGCCCAGGUCGGAUGUUGCUACGUGAGAUGCUUUGGCAGCUGGAGCAAAGAGUACUUCAGGUUCAAGAGGAGGAGUUCCAGUACUGCAUUUCCCAUGGCACUAUGGGAUACCAUCACCCCCCAGCAUACCCAAGCCUGCUAGCCCUUAUACCUGCCUCUGACCACCGCCAGCUAGAGCGCCUCUGUGGCCGCAUCCCACCCUCACACACUACCAUUGUACUUUCCAGGCUCCAUGAUCUUUUGGCCCACAAUGACAUCCCUCCUUGGGAACUGGUGGGUGUCUUCAAGAAAGUUCUUAAAGACUUCCUGAGGAGACAGGAAGACGGCAUGCAGAGACGUCCACCCACUUCAGCUCCAUCAACAAUUCUUUCUGCUCCGAGUCCACCUACAGAGAGUGAUGACAGAAAUCGUAUUGUUGGAAAUGUAUCUAGUUCUUUAUCAGAGGAGUCAGGGAAGCACAGGGAGGAAAUUCCUACUAUUUCUAGUUAUGUGGAUAAACAUUUGCGUGCUGCCUGCCCUUAUUCCAUUCACAGAGAUUGGAAUCUGCCUUUUUGCCAUCCUUUUGCUUAUGAGGCCUACAGCACCACAUUGUGAUUUUAGAAGUUUAACGUUCUCAUGGCAAUUCAUAACGAUUUUAUUUUUGGCAAAUUGAUGGCUAAUUUGUAUGAAUUUGUAGUCUCAUUUCUCAUUUGUGUUUUUGUAUGAUCUCCUUGCAUCAGGCUGAUUGUUAGGUUUAGGGGUGGACCUUAACUUAAAGCCUUUUAAAUUGACUAAAAAGCAUACAUUUUCAUACAAAUCACUUCUUACAAAUUCAUAUGAAAUCGCCACCUCUUAAAUAAUUGUUUCCUCAUGAGAAAAGUCUAUGCUGCCAUUUUCUGUGUCUUUCCUGCUUGCAAAUUCCCUAGGUCUCAGAUCUACACUUGCACUGGAAAAUCAAAUCCUGUUCUUAAGUUUAAGUAAAUUAGACUGAUCAAAAGUGAUUAACAGGAUGAUGUAUGUGAUGAAAAAAUUUGGAAGAUGAGCCAUAAUCUAUUUGUACUCAAUCAAUAAGGUGUG